CUAGAGAAGUCGUCGAGAACAUUCUUCUCCCUGCAGCGCACUACGUUGAGAAUCUCAGCAUGGAGCGCCUUGCACCUCCAGAUCGAUUCGCAAAUACGAAAAGCAAGCCGGAAUCGUCAAGCGCGCCAGCGGUAUCCUAAGGCAACUCGCAGAGCAGACCUCCAGUCGCGCCGCCGUUACCGCCAAAGGUGCCAAGAAGAGUAUGAUCAGACACCUUUUCCAUCCUCGAAAUGCGCAGGCAGCAUUAGAUCGGCUACUCAACGCCGACGUCGAUGCAUCGGUCUUCGUCACCAUGUGCAUGGCGGACGAGCCACCAGCAGUGGAAGAGAAGUCCGUCGCCGAGAUCAUGAAUGAUCCUUUGCGGCUUCUAGUCAGAAAUCCGAACAAGGGAAUAUAUCUCAAACUAGAAGCGGCGCGUUACUACAAAAAGCACAUGCUGGACAUAGUCGCCGGCAGAGAGCAAAAGAGGCUCCAACAGUGUGGCGGCAUCUCCGAUAUUGAAAUCGAGCGUCUUCUUCAGCCCUGGAAAUUGAAUUAUAUGCUGAACCAAGCUAUUUGCUUGGAUCCGGCUUUCAAGCUAAUGCUUUCGCCUUUGCCAGCGACUGUGCUGAGCGAACAGCUAGGCCGGACUAUUCUCGAAGUCGAUCUCGGUGAUGAACCCUUUUCCGAUCACCUUCCAUAUUCUCUGGGACUCCUUCCCGCGAGUCAGUGGAUGAACAACAUGGUCCGCAUAGCUAUUCGCUUAGCUUGCGCUCAGAAGGGCCUUCUGCAACAUACUUAUGGGCUGACCGUAGCCGAUUUGCGUUCGCUCACGGACGAAGUCCUAGGCGCAGCUGUUUUGCGGGCUACAGGACUGGGUUGGGCGAUCUUACAAUGGUUCAAAACCCCUAUCCCGAAGUACAUCCUGGCGACAAUUCUCGGCAAAGAAGUGGAAGAACUGAAAGAGAGAAGUGGGAGCGGCAAACGAGGCAGAGAGGACCUGCAUUCAUCAGAUGGGGAAAGGCGAGACGAGGCGAAGAAAGCGAGGGUGGAAAAUGCGCAUGCCGAUGAAGACAUCCUAGUGGGAGCAAAAGUGAGCAUUCAUCUGCGAAAGAUAUGCCAAGGUGUGUGUAAUCGCUCGGCGUGGGCUUGCAGGGUCUUUAUCUAUUAAAAUUUAGAAUUACUCGGGCGGGCUCCACUUUCACCAGGCACGGUGCUGGUGUCUGAAUUUAGAACUGUUCGAGUUAACAGUAUCAUCUUUUUA